AUAUAACUAUAAUGAUGUUGCAUCUUCAAGCAUCCUUUUUAAAUUGAGUAUAUGAAAAGAAGAGAAAAAUGUUGCCUUGUGAUCAUACAUUCAAAUAUUUCAAUAAUUGAAAGAAUAGUUUGAGAAAUGACAUCAUAUACACAUAAGAGAAGCUAUUAUUAUGGUAGGAAAAUACUAACAGGUAAAGUUGUCGGGAGAUAUUUUUUAUUUUUUUGAUGAGUUUCAUUCAAAUGUGGUCCAAAGUAUUGGAAGGAGACAAAUUAUACUAAAAGGAAGUAGAUGCCAUCAUUUUGUGCCAAUGUUUCAAGAAUCAAUUAGACCAUAAAUAUUUAUGUGCUUUCCUAGAAUCAAUCCUAUUUUCUAUAUAAAUAACUCUAUUCUCUUAGAAUUUUCCUCAUUUAAGCUUAACCUGUGUAUGAAGGUAAACUUGGGACAAAGAAGGUUCAAAACUAGUUAGCCUCUAUAGAAACUAAAUUGAUCAUUGAUGGAGAAGCUUGUUAGGUCAUGUGACAAAGAAUACAUGAGGAUGGCCAUGUUAAAGCAUGAAGAAACUUUCAAACAACAGGUAUACGAGCUUCAUCGGUUGUAUCGAAUACAAAAGAUACUGAUGCAAAAUAUGGAGGCAAGAAGAGGAGUUGAAGUAAAAGAACAAGAAUGGUACUUCAAGAAUGCAAUUAGUUUAACUCAAAAUGCUAAUCAUCAUCAUAAAGGUGGACAAGAAAAGACUCAAAUCAAAUUUGAUCUUGAAAGGCCUGCAGAGGAGCACACUGCAGAAUCAGAUGACGAGGGGCUAGAGAUCAUCGACGAGACUGAAAUUGAGCUGACAUUAGGCCCGUCGAGUUAUAACCGUAGCAAGAAAAUUGAAACACCACUAACUUCAGAAUCAGGACAUAGUUUGUCUUCAUCUUCAACUGGAUCAAGUGAUAUAAACAAAACAAGAAGAUGGAGGACACAUCAUAGCAAUGGAAUGAAAAGAGAAGAACCAAGUGGAAUUAUCAGAAACAGUAGUUUUGGUAUUGAAGAACAAUUAAGACAAGAGAGAUUAAAACAAUCACCUUGGUUUUUUCAAGUGAUGAAUCUGAACAUGACUUAAAAAAGGGAAGAAAAAAAUAUAUGUUAAGGUCAAUGUGAUAUAUUUAAAUUUUCUGUUAGCUAACUUUUGUGAAUGAUGUUUGUAUUGUGUGGAGUUUGGAAAUGUUGUGUCAAUUGUUAUCAAGUAUGGUGGGGUUUGAUAUGUCACGCAUUAACACCACUAUUUUA